AUGAAAGCAAAGAUAUUACUUUCUCUAGCCACUUCAUUACUCACUCUAUCUUCAGUAACUAGCAGUGAAAUUAAUUGCAACGCACAUAUUGACUUGCAAAGUGAAGAGUCUCAGGUCUCAUUUGAUAAGAUGUACCUCGAUGUAUACUCUCAAUCAGGUGCUAAAUAAGAGCAAUCACAGUGUACUCCAGAUGGCAAUUGCUUCGUAGUAGUUUACAACCUUGAUAAUUUCUCAGUAAGAAUGAGAGGCCCAUAAGGUUCAGUCUUUGAGCCAGCAGAAUAUGUUGUAGAUACCAAAAAGGGUGGAAACUGUGAUGAUUUAGCAUUUAGACUUAAGGGAUUCUCACUAAAGUUUGGAGUUAAGGCACUUAAUUAAUAAGGCAAACACGUGAAUGGCCCUAAAGGACUAGGAGUUGAGAUUACUAGAAUGGGAAAAAAUUCUAAGGUUCCUUUCAAUGUUCAACAAACAGACGAGAACGGUGUUGUAGAAUUCAAGGAUAUCUCAAUCCCAGAUACUUAUUCCCUAAGAAUUAUUCCGAAUGAAGACCUAACACUCAAGCAGGAAUAGAUUAAUUGUCAAUUUGAAUGGGAAACAGGAUUCAAAUGUGAACAAGAUAGCUUUGUGAUUUCAGGAUUCUCAGUCUCCGGGAAAAUCUUAAACUACAAUGAUCCAAUGCCAAACGUUAGCGUAUAUAUUCAUUAAGGUGAUUAGAAAAUUUAAGAAAAGGCAAAGGAUGCUUUGAAAUCAGUAAAAACAGACCCCUAAGGUGUAUACAAAUUUACUGAUAUUCAAUCUGGCUCAUAUCAAGUUGUUGCUGUUUACAGUGAAAAUCAAUCUAAGUUCUAAGUAGAACCUGAUACAAUCAAAGUAGUUGUUGAUGCUGAACUUAUUUAACUAGAGCCAUUCCAGGUUAUUGGAUUCUCAAUCUCUGGAAAAGCUGUAAACAACAAAGGUGAGGGUAUUAGUGGUGUUAAGAUUGUUAUUGAUGGACAACAAAAAGCACUUACCAAUGACAAGGGACUUUAUAAGCUUGACGAAAUCACUCCAGGCCAAUAUAUUCUUGAGGGUUUUGCAAACCAUUAUAUUUUUGAUUCCAUGACUAUCAACAUUCAAUCAAACAGUAGAUCUAUUCCAAAUCUUAUUGCUUCUGACUAUCACCUCUGUGGUAAGAUUUCGGUCGACAAUUUGGAAGCAGGAUAAUCAUUCUCAAUUGCAAAGAGAACAAUUAUUUUGGUUGAAAAAAACAAGAAUGAAAGAAGAACUACUACCAAUGAAAAUGGAGAUUAUUGCUUUGAAGUAAAGUCUGGUCAAUAUACUAUCACCCCAGCUGUGUCUUAAGAGGAAAAGGAAAGAGGUCUUAAGUUCAACCCUGCUGAUAAAUAGAUUAGCAUUGAUGGUACCCCUGCUUUGAAUGUCAACUUUGGCCAAACUAAAGUAACAAUUCAAGGAAGAGUAUAAUGCCUUGAGCAAGAGGAUAAAAAAUGCCAAAACAUCAAAGUUCAUCUCCACAGCUAAGACAAGUUAUUAUCCAGUGAAACUGUAAAUGAUAAGGGUAUCUUUAGAUUUGAAAAAGUGCUCCCAGGAAAAUAUAAGGUUUCAGUAGAUGUACCAGAAUACUGUUGGAAAGUUGAUUCAUACUAAGUUAAUGCUCAAGACGAUCAAAAUAGAGAGAUAAUUUUUGAAUAAGUUGGAUACUAAAUGCCUUAUGAGUCGACUCACUCCUUUGAUCUAUUUGUUAAGAAAGGUAAGGGAAGCCAAAUAGAUAAGAAGAGAAUUCAAAAAGGCAAGAAUCAUCACCUUUGCUUUGAUCAAAGAGGAAGCUAUACUCUUAGUCCAGAUACUUGCUACAAGUUUGAACAAGAAAAAUUCACCUUUGACACAAGCAGCUAAGACAAUAAAGUAGUUAGUUUCAAGCCAACCCAUAUCAAGGUUGAAGGGCUUGUAAUUUUGAAAGAUGAAAGUUAAAUGUCUCAGGUUAAAAUGCUAGUGCUCUCAGCUUAAGACUAAUCAAAUAUUGAUGAGUUAAAAUUAACAAAGCAAACAAGCACUAAAUACAGCUUUGAGUACUACUCACCAGUUGACAAGGAUCUCAUUAUUUAGCCAUAAAUUGCUGGAGAUGCCAGUCUAUUAUUCUACCCUACAAGCAAGAAAAUUACUGUUGGUGGCGAAUGCAUAUCUAAUAUUCUUUUUGAAACUAAGACUGGAUAUACUAUCUCAGGAAAGAUUGAUCCACCAACUGAGGGAGUUUUAAUUAAGGUUUUAAAUAAAAAUUCAAAGAAAGAAAUCAUGGAAACUACUUCAAAUGGAUCUGGAGAAUAUAAAGUUGGCCCAUUAUAUGAUGAUCAGCAAUAUGAAAUAGAGGCUUCGAAAGAGGAUUACAUUAUCAAGAGAGAUGGUACCUCAUAUAACUUUAAAUCUCAAAAACUCUCCACCUUAACUGUCAGUAUUUAAGAUCAAAACGGCGAACCACUUGAGUUAGUAUCACUUUAACUCUCAGCUGGUAAAGGAUUCAGAUAAACUGGCUCAACAAAUGCUCAAGGAAUACACAAAUUCAUUGGUCUAUUUGCUGGAAAAUUCUACGUUACUGCUAUUUUGAAAGAAUAUGAUUUCGGAUCAUCAUCAUUUGCAGUUGAUUUGAAGGAUGGAGACCAAGCAUUAAAAUAACUUGUUGGUAAGAGAGUACAAUUUAGUGCCUUCGGUCAAGUCUCAAAGAUCAGUGGUCUUCCUUUAACUGAAGGUAGAAUUAUUGCUUCUUGUGUUGAUUGUGAAAGAACUGAAGAAGCUAAAGUUGACUAAGAUGGAUUUUUCAGAGUUAGAGGUUUGAUUCCAAAUAACAAAUAUCAUCUGACUGUAGUCUCUGAUGAAAUCGAUAGAACAGUUCCUAGUUAACUCACUAUAGAUGUGAGAUAAGAAGAUUCAAAGAAUCAUUAAUUCUUAGCUAUUAUGCAAUCACCAUUCAUUGAAGUAUCAGGUUCAGUUGAAUUCGAAGGUGAAGAUUAAAAAGCAGUUUUCAAGGAAGAUCCAAGAGCAGUUGUUGAAUUAUAUGACCCAGAUAACUUAGAUUAACCUUUAAGAACAUGGUAACUAGGGCUUUCAAGAUAUUUCUAAUUCAGUUAAUUACCAAGAAAAUAAUACAUAGUAAGAGUUGUACCAAAGAGAGGAGCUAGUGAUAAGAGAUACGAACAAACAGUAUUCUAAGCUAACCUAAAUGGAGGAUUCCAAAAUUUACUAGUCCCUUCAAAAUAAAAGGGCAAGUCUAACAUUCAAAGAACCGCUCUGGUUGGUCCAGUUCUCUUUAUUCUAGUUGUCGCUGGGCUAUUUUAUCAAGACACAAUAAAGAAAUAUCUAGGCAUUGAUGAAGAGUCAAAAAGACAACAAUAGAGAGAUCAAGAAAAGAAAAGCAAAUGA